AGCUCCAUAUACGCAUACCAUCCCACAAAAACACAAAGUAAAAUUGCCACAAACAAUUCACUAGCACAUACACAUACCCUCUUUCUCAUAUCCUAUUCAAGUCACCAUCAGAUAUAUUAAAUGUAAACACUUGUCCAUCAAGGAUUCGAACUUCAUUAGUUCUCAAACUUUAUUUUAUCUCAUCGUGAGGGACUAAUUCCUUCUUAUAGACGCAACUUUCAUCGGCCACAAAUGCACAUGUAUAAUUAAUUUCAUAUAUGUAUAUAUAGCAUCAGAGAGAGAACAAUUCUUUGAAGGGUGAAAAACCUUGAUCAAGAAUUGAAGCAUUAAUCUUCAACCAUGGCCACACCCUUGGCCUACCAAGAGCACCUUCCGGCGGCACCCGGUUGGCUGAACAAAGGUGACAACGCAUGGCAGUUAACAGCAGCCACCCUCGUUGGUCUUCAAAGCAUGCCGGGUCUCGUGAUCCUCUACGCAAGCAUAGUGAAGAAGAAAUGGGCAGUGAAUUCAGCUUUCAUGGCUCUCUAUGCCUUUGCAGCAGUUCUAAUAUGUUGGGUGCUUGUGUGUUACCGCAUGGCCUUUGGAGAAGAACUUUUACCCUUCUGGGGUAAGGGUGCUCCAGCACUAGGCCAGAAGUUCCUCACAAAACGAGCCGUAGUCAAUGAAACCAUCCACCACUUUCAUAAUGGCACUGUUGAAUCCCCUCCAGAAGAACCCUUUUACCCUAUGGCCUCACUUGUGUAUUUCCAAUUCACUUUUGCUGCUAUUACCCUUAUUUUGUUGGCUGGCUCUGUCCUCGGCCGAAUGAACAUCAAGGCUUGGAUGGCUUUUGUGCCUCUUUGGUUGAUCUUUUCCUACACUGUUGGGGCUUUUAGUCUUUGGGGUGGUGGCUUUCUCUACCAAUGGGGGGUUAUUGACUAUUCUGGCGGCUAUGUCAUCCACCUUUCUUCUGGAAUCGCUGGUUUAACUGCUGCUUACUGGGUUGGACCAAGGUUGAAGAGUGACAGGGAGAGGUUUCCACCAAACAACGUGCUACUUAUGCUUGCUGGUGCUGGGUUGUUGUGGAUGGGGUGGUCAGGGUUCAACGGUGGAGCACCAUAUGCUGCAAACAUUGCAUCUUCAAUUGCGGUGUUGAACACAAACAUUUGUGCAGCCACUAGCCUCCUUGUGUGGACAACUUUGGAUGUCAUUUUCUUUGGGAAACCUUCGGUGAUUGGAGCUGUGCAGGGCAUGAUGACUGGACUUGUAUGCAUCACCCCAGGAGCAGGGCUUGUGCAAUCGUGGGCUGCUAUACUGAUGGGAAUAUUAUCUGGGAGCAUUCCAUGGGUGACCAUGAUGAUUUUGCAUAAAAAGUCAACCUUGCUACAAAAGGUGGAUGACACCCUUGGUGUGUUUCACACACAUGCUGUGGCUGGCCUUUUGGGUGGUCUCCUCACAGGUCUAUUAGCAGAACCAGCCCUUUGUAGACUACUAUUGCCGGUUACCAACUCAAGGGGUGCAUUCUAUGGUGGUGGUGGUGGUAUGCAGUUCUUCAAGCAAUUGGUGGCGGCCAUGUUUGUCAUUGGAUGGAACUUGGUGUCCACCACCAUCAUUCUCCUUGUCAUAAAAUUGUUCAUACCCUUGAGGAUGCCGGAUGAGCAGCUGGAAAUCGGCGACGACGCCGUCCACGGUGAGGAAGCUUAUGCCCUCUGGGGUGAUGGAGAAAAAUAUGACCCAACUAGGCAUGGUUCCUUGCAAAGUGGCAACACUUUUGUGUCACCUUAUGUUAAUGGUGCAAGAGGGGUGACCAUAAACUUAUGAGUCAAGAAAUUCGGCUGUGCUUUGCUCACACAUAUGUAUAAAGUUAUGUGAUGAAUCCGUGAGUGGUGUAAGUAGAAAUUUGAUUUUGUCAUGAAAGAAAAUUCAAGUUUUGAGAUCUGGUGUUCCUCUGGCCAUCCUUCAUUCGAAGACCUGAUCAUAUAUUUCUGGCACAGAUUGUGUUGACAUGUUUAUAAAAUUUAGAUUUGUCAAUUUUUGAAGGAGCUUGUGAUUAGUUUUCUUUUCCACUUAUAUGUUUUAAUUACUAGAAGAAUAUCAAAUUUUCUUUUUACGAAA